AUGGGCAGCCUCGGAGAACCGACCGUGUGCCAUGGCGCGUCUGUUCCGGACAUAACAACCAAGGGAUCGGAGUUCGAGUCCAUCGCUUCCUGGAGGGAGCGAGUUGGUAUCAACACCGAUGCCCAGAUCCGGCUGGUGAAGUUGUCACACAUGCGGUACCAACAUCCGGAUCUGGAUCAGAUUACUGUCUUUUUGAAGGACUUUGGCAUGCAGAUUGUCAAACAGACUGAUGACCAGAUUUGGUAUCGUGGCUAUGGGCCGGACCCUUAUGUUUACUAUGCGAGGAGAGGACCCAAACAAUUCCUGGGUGCCACUUUCGAGGUAGAGUCGUAUCAGGAUCUGGAGAAAGCACUACAGCUUCCGAACGCCAGUGGAAUCAAAGAAUUGCUCGACCAUCCCGGCGGUGGUCACUUCGUCACCUUCACUGAUCCGGAAGGAUACCCUGUCAACUUGAUCCACGGACAGGCACCGAGGGAGACAGGAGACUACCCAGAAAGGUUGAUUGUCAACUACGAGGCAGACAAACCUCGUCUGCGAAAAUUCCAUCGAUUCAAUGUUGGACCUGCACCCGUGCACAAGCUUGGCCACUUCGGAUACUGCGUACAGGACUUCCCGACCAUGCUUGACUUCUAUACCCGGAAUUUCAACCUCGUCCCGAGCGAUUUCCUCUACGUGGAAAAAGACGGCCAGAAAGUCAACGUAGCAGUGUUUGCCCACAUCGAUCGAGGAAGCGACCCCGUUGACCACCAUUCCUUCUUCAUGAGCACGAACGAGACUUCUCAUGUUCACCACUGCUCCUUUGAAGUUCACGACUUCGAUACCCAGCAAUUGGGGCACUAUUGGCUCGCAGGGAAGGGAUACAAGUCGGUGUGGGGUGUGGGACGGCAUAUUCUCGGUUCCCAGAUCUUUGACUACUGGUGGGACACGACUGGUAACAUGGUUGAGCAUUAUGCAGAUGGGGACUUGGUGACUGACGAGACGCCGAUCGGAUACGGUCCCGCUGGAGAUGAGUCGUUGGCCGUUUGGGGACCCGAUGUGCCGGCUACGUUCUUGAAAUGA